AGCAAGUACGUCAACCAGGCACAGACAAUGACACGGAACGGAAACACGUUCAGCCGGUUGCUGGUUGAGUGCGAGGACGACAAGAGGGCCAAGGAGAGCUUCACGUUUCUGAGUGCCAAAAAUCAGUUCUGUAAAAAAGGUUUCUUCGGGAAGAAAUUCUGCAACAAACAACUGUGUUCGAAGUGCGUGUCCGAGGGCGCCCCGACGAUAGACUGGGGCGAUGGAAGGAACGAGGUGCCUUGCCGCAACCACAAACCAAAACACAACGGUGCUGUCGAAAUCCGUCUAUACAAUAACCCGGGGCGUAAUUCUCCCGUCGAUGUGAACCCACUCAAGGGGAGCGACAACGAGAGGUUCUAUAUGUUCGAGAGGGACAACAGCAUUUUCUUUCCCAUCAUCGAAUGUGAUUCUGAGAGAGAUUCCGAUGAAGUCAACAAAUCUCAAACCGUUCCCUUGCCCAGGCGAGGAAGCAGCGAAAAUCGCGUCUACCGAUCCAAAAUGGAUUGCCACCCCGAGGAGCAGGCCAUUGUGUCUUCGUGCUCGCUGGAAGUGUCCGAGCUCCUGGCCAACAUGCCCCCACUCGGUGCCUUCAGUACCAGCAAUGACAUGGACACGCUUGACGGACUGUCCAACUUGGACAGUGAGGCCGAGAGCCAGUCCUUGCUCAACUAUUCCACUAGCAUGCGGGGAACUAACAAUUUGUUCGCCGGCCAGAACGGCGACAGCCCG